GCCAAGUUUGUUGAUUGUUACGAAAUGACGUUGGAGUGAUAACCCCUUCGCUUUGAAUUUAUGGCAGGGGGCAUUUUUCAGUAAUCAAUAUUUUACGUUGUGUACUGACAAUUUCAAGUGUGAAAAUUCGAAAUGUCCGAGGAAACCGAGAACGUUAUGCCCGUUUCCCAGCCCGUACGUGCUAAAAGCUUGUUGCGGGCAAAGUUGGAAAAGUCUUCGUUGAUCCUCCAGAGCAGAAUGCCGAACAUUAAAGUCUUCAGCGGGACCUCGCACCCCGACCUGGCCCAGAGGAUCGUGGACCGGCUGGGGAUCGACUUGGGCAAAGUGGUUACGAAGAAAUUCAGCAACUUGGAAACAUGCGUGGAAAUUGGGGAGUCCGUCCGUGGGGAAGACGUGUACAUCGUGCAGUCGGGCAGCGGGGAAGUUAACGACAACCUGAUGGAACUCCUCAUCAUGAUAAAUGCGUGCAAAAUUGCGUCCGCGAGCAGAGUCACUGCAGUCAUUCCAUGCUUCCCGUACGCUCGGCAAGACAAGAAGGACAAGCCUGCGAAUAAAAAUGACGUCGAACGCAACGUGGAAAAAUGGAAGUCAAUCGAAUGGAAAUUCAGGAGUCGGGCCCCAAUUUCGGCCAAACUGGUCGCGAACAUGCUCUCGGUGGCGGGGGCCGAUCACAUCAUCACCAUGGACUUGCACGCGUCGCAAAUCCAGGGCUUCUUCGACAUCCCGGUGGAUAAUUUGUACGCCGAACCGGCGGUGUUGAAAUGGAUCAAGGAGAACAUUGUCGAGUGGCGGAACAGUAUAAUAGUGUCGCCGGACGCCGGGGGCGCCAAGAGGGUCACCUCCAUCGCCGACAGACUCAACGUCGAGUUCGCCCUCAUCCACAAGGAGAGGAAGAAGGCCAACGAGGUGGCCUCGAUGGUGCUCGUCGGAGACGUGAAAGACAGGGUUGCUAUUCUGGUCGACGAUAUGGCCGACACUUGCGGCACGAUCUGCCACGCAGCCGAGAAGUUGACCGAAGCUGGGGCUACGAAAGUCUACGCGAUUUUGACGCAUGGGAUUUUCUCCGGACCUGCCAUAACUAGGAUUAAUAACGCGUGCUUUGAGGCUGUGGUUGUCACUAAUACGAUUCCACAAGACGGGCAUAUGAAGGAUUGUUCGAAAAUCCAGUGCAUUGAUGUGUCCAUGAUGUUCGCUGAGGCGGUGAGGAGGACGCACAAUGGCGAAUCAGUAUCGUACCUAUUCUCGAAUGUUCCUUAUUAACCCAUUUUUAUUAUUUUAAAUAAUAAAAGUGUUAGGUUGUACUGCAAAUCCUCAGAUGUAGAAGAUGUUCGUUUUAUUUCUUUAUAACUAAUUGAUGAUGAGAUACAAAUUCAUAUUUUUUUAAAUUAUAAUUUAGACCUUUACAGGUGCAUGCCAUAAUAUUUACGCUAAUUACAAUUAGGUUCUUGCAAUAAAAUAUUUUUUUAUUAUUUCGAAAUGGUCUUGUAGUGUAUAUAAUUAUGGCUUAUUUUUGUACAAGAAAUAAAAGACACGAGCUUUCUCUAUACAUUUUUUUGCAAAUUAUUUUGUAUAAAAGAACUUAAAUAUACACAAUAAAUAGAUUAUAAAAG